CUUUAAUACAGAGCGAAUCACUUUUCAGUUAAUGCCGAAAUAUUUUGGUGAAAAUCCUGAAACCUGAACCUUGCCGACAUGAAUACUUUCCUCUCUCGAGCAAAUACAAUCUUUGCCUUCACGCUUAGUGUUAUGGCUGUCCUGACCUUUGCCUGUUUUCUAUCGACAGGACUUAUUAACCUUAAAGCUGACACAAGUAUCAAGACAGGCCGUGUCCAUGUCAAGAAUUUACACGAUUACCAAGCGGAACGAGAGAGAAGCGAUCUUGGAUAUUUUGUCUUUGACCUCUAUUCAGAUAUUUCUAGAUUAUUUAAUUGGAAUGUGAAGCUUCUGUUUCUUUAUCUCACAGCAGAAUAUGAAACGGCAGAUCAUAAAUUCAAUCAAGUCAUCAUUUGGGACAAAAUUAUUCGACGUGGAGAAAAUGCAUUAUUGGAUUAUAGAAGUAUGAACACGAAAUACCAUUUUUGGGAUCUUGGAAAUGGUUUACGUGGUAACAAAAACGUGACCUUGUCAUUGUCGUGGAAUGUAAUACCAAACGCUGGAACUUUACCCAAAGUUUGUGCAGAUGGAAAAUAUAACUUUGCCUUCCCAGAUCAUUACACUUCUUUUCGACCGUAAACAAUUUCAUUUCUCAUUUAAUUGAUAUUAUUUAAGUUAAUAAAAUAUUUUGUUUUCAAAAAAA